AUGAAUUAUCUGAAGCUCACGUUCGAUAAGCUGGAUGUUGGUGCCCUGAACGAUCUGGUGGCACACGAAAGCUGCGGUGCAGUAUCGCUUUUCGUUGGUACGACGAGGGAUAACUUUGAGGGCAAAACUGUCGUCCUGCUGCAGUACGAAGCGUACGAGGCGAUGGCGAUGAAAACGAUGAACCACCUGUGCGACGAAGUGCGUGCCCGCUGGCCAGAUGUGGUACACAUUGGCAUACACCAUCGAUUGGGAACGGUUCCGGUGAAGGAAGCUUCGGUAGUAAUAGCAAUAAGUUCCCCACAUCGAAAGUCCAGUCUCGAAGCAGUACACUUCACCAUUGAUGAGCUGAAAAAAUCCGUCCCCGUUUGGAAGAAGGAACAGUACCGAGAAGGAGAGGGAAGCUCGGAGUGGAAGGAAAACAGCGAAUGCACUUGGUCGAAGAAGUACAAGGACAAUCACAUACUGUAACGUUACGCGAUGAAGAACAAUUUAAAUCCAAUGCCAAGCUAAUGUGGAUGUUAUAAACACGUGUACACAUGCAAUGUUAGCUUGCGCCAUAGGCAGCUAAAAAAGAAAAUAAGAUCAAACGAUCGUAUCGUUUCAACUUUAACUCUAUGCCCUUCAUGAUAUCUCCACACACUACGGGAUAAGAGGCAAAAAAACAGCUUUCAAUCAUCUAUGACAUCACUGUAGUUUAGAUAGCAGAGUUUAUUCAGCCAAAAUAGCUGAAUCAUCGUUGAAGUGCCGGGUAGCAUCAACUUAAAUCACAGCGCCAAUCAGUGUCUUUUGCCGGUCUCUAUUUUAAGCAAGAGUUUACUUUUGGACACUUGGUCGAUACAGUGGAUUAAAUAAUUUAAAUUCCAUCCAGUAAAACUGGGUUCUACUACAGUUUAUAGAUCCAUCAUUCAUGUUAAACGAAAUAAUUCAAUUGUUAUCGUUGGUGCUAUACUGUUGAACAAAUAAAUGUGAUGAAAUU